AUGGUAGAUGAUGAUAAUUGUUUACAUCUUUAUGUAAAUGGCUUGGAUCAAGGAAUUGCAGCCAGAGAUGUCCCUUAUCCUUGCUAUGGUUUAGUAGAUCUUUAUGGCCAGUGUGAACAGGUCACCAUUGUUACAGACCAGUGUGGUUUUUCUUUAUUUGCUUAUCAAGAUGAUAGAGAAAAGGCGGAUAUAGAAGAUGUGGUCAAAGAGAAGCUUAUACAAAUACCAAAUGAACCAGUUGUAGUACGCAAUUGUGAAUAUCAAAACAUAUGCUCAAGGCUUUUGGCUAUUCUAGCCUUGCCAGAGGGCUACUUUUCAACUCAGUUCAACAUGUGUUAUUGUGAGACAUGUCAUAAAAUACGUGGUGAUGAAUUGUACUACAAAAGAGGUGACCCUCCAAAAGAGUAUGCAGUACCAUGUGGUUGGUGUCGUUUCUCACUCAGAUUGCCUUGUAAAAGCCACAGUUUGAAUAUGUUUGAUAAAUGGCAUUCAGCUUUUUAUGGAACACGAUUAGAAGCUGUUCGGAAAGUUUUGGAUUGUGGUGAUUUACACCGAUCAAAUGAAAUUUUGGCUGCAAACAAUAUUUUACUUGCCCAGUCCUUCCCUUGUACAGAAAAGUCUAAACCUGAUGAUUGCCUAAGCAGACAACUUUUCCUGUCUCCAACUAUACGAUAUGCUGGUUCCAAAUAUUUUGCAUCUAGGCAUAAAUUUACAGAUCCUAAAACGAAGAAGACUCAUCAAGCACAAGUUGCAUUCCAAGUAUGGGUGAAACCAUCUUCUUAUAAAGUUGGUCCUUCUUCAAUUGGCUCCAAUGAGCAGUUUGACCCCAGAUUCAGCAAUAAUGAAAUUGAAUGGAGUACCAAAGAACGAGGCUCAACAAUGCUUGCAUCGUUAUUAAUUAAAGUGGAGUAA